CCUGUUGGUCGUCUCUGCAAAUAUGGCUGCUUUCAGUAAGUCUAUACCGCACAGUUGCUACGAGAUCGGACAUACAUGGAAUCCCUCAUGUACGUUAUCGACACUGCAAGUUACGGCGGGGGCUUUGGAGGUGUCCUUCAAAAUUUAUGCACCGCUGUAUCUGAUUGCAGCUAUCCUAAGAAGAAGGAAAAAAGACUAUUAUAUCAAGAGAUUACUACCUGAGAUUUUGCAAUCUACUUCUUUCCUUACUGCAAAUGGAGGCUUGUACAUAGCUUUUUUCUGCAUUCUCAGGAAACUGCUCGGAGGAUUCUACUCUUGGUCUGCGGGCUUUGGUGCAGCGCUGCCAGCGUCCUACAUCUCCAUCCUAAUAGAGAGAAAGAGCAGGAGAGGACUUCUAACAAUAUACAUGGCAAACCUGGCAACAGAGACGGUGUUUCGUAUGGCAGUCACUAGAGGGAUCGUUAAUCCACUCAAGCAUGGCGAGGUGCUGCUGUUCUGCCUCACUGCGUCGCUCUACAUGUUUUUCUUUCGGUGCAAAGACGGUCUGAAAGGAUUUGCUUUUUCGGCUUUGAAGUUUAUCGUCGGGAAAGAGGAGAUCCCCACUCAUUCCUUCUUGGCUGAGCAUGCCUACGCUAAGGCCCCAGAGCGGGCUGCAGCAGAUGCCCACCAGGGGGCGCCACCUUCCAGAACCUCAUCCAUUACAGCCUUCACCAAGAGGCUGCUGGACGCUCUGUGUAAACAUGGGCCAAGGCAUCGGUGCUGCAAGCACUACCAUGACAACUGCAUAUCCUACUGCAUCAAAGGCUUCAUCCGGAUGUUCAGUGUGGGCUACCUCAUUCAGUGUUUCCUGAAGGUGCCCUCUGCCUUCCGACAGGCCUUCACCAAACCCUCGCGACUAGUCUCACUCCUCUACAACAAGGAGAACUUUCAACUCGGAGCCUUCCUGGGCUCCUUCGUUAGCAUAUACAAGGGCACAAGUUGUUUCUUACGUUGGAUAAGAAACCUUGACGAUGAGCUCCAUGCACUCAUUGCCGGAUUCCUGGCCGGUAUUUCUAUGUUCUUCUACAGGAGCACCACUAUCUCAAUGUAUCUCUUCUCCAAGCUCGUGGAGACUAUGUACUUCAAAGGCAUCGAGGCUGGCAGGUUCCCCUACUUCUCGCAGGCCGACACCAUCAUCUACGCCAUCUCCACCGCCAUCUGCUUCCAGGCUGCUGUGAUGGAGGUGCAGAACCUGCGACCUUCGUACUGGAAGUUUCUACUCCGGCUCACCAAGGGCAGGUUUGCCCAGAUGAACAGGAGACCCCUGGACACCUUUGGCACUGGUGCCUCCAGGGACUUCAAGAGCUUCGCCCCCAAGCUGGACCGACACUACACCGUGGUCCCACCAGAACUGCCCGUGCAGCUGGACUGAGCCAACCAGCCGGCCAGCCAGCCGCGUCCACUUCAGGGAGGCGCAGCUGCUGUGGGCACAGGUCUCCAACUCUGCAGGGCCCUGGACACACCCGGCCUUGGGGCGGAAGGCGGCUAGAUGUCCCACUCACCCCACCCCACCCCACCCCACCCCACCCCACCCUUCCAUACCACGUCCCUCCCCAUCUCCAUCAGUGUUAAUGUGAAGCUGAUGGGUAUGGGCACUACAGACUGCAGCGCUACAGUGAAAGUGACUGUAAUUAACUAGAGAUUCUAUUGAGCAAAAAAAUAAUAAUGUGUGUAUAUAUACAUCUACUUAUAUAUAUUUAGAUAGAUGGAUGGAUAGAUAGAUAGAUAGAUAGAUAGAUAGAUAGGUAGGUAGGUAGAUGGAUAGAUGUAUAGAUGGAUAGAUAGAUAGAUAGAUAGAUAUACAGCACUUAACAGCAAAAGACAUGCAAAAAUGACUAGAUCUGUUUUUGCACAAGUUCGUGCUACAAUUGAUGCUUCAUAUUUACUAAAUACAAGGCUGCACACAAGACGUGGAAAAUAAGGAGCUUGUGUUGUGAAGCCAUGCUUCCGCUCAGACAGGUUUGUCUAGUUACAGACCAUGGCAGCAGACAAACAAAAGAAAACAUUACGUGGGAACCCCUGGAAAUCUCUGCUCAGGGUUGAAGUCAAGAAUUGAAAAACAAAAACACUUUUUUGUUAUUGAGGCAGCCACACUGUGUUUUUUCCAAUGCCACCAGGAGGCAGUGUGGACUACUGGUUCCAAGUCUCAAAAGUGACUGAACAGGCCCUUAGCAGAUAAAAUGCUGAAAGCUAAUUGAUUGUCAUUAUGAAAAAAACACAUAAUCCUUCUCACUGGUUUGGUGAUUUUAUGAAGCUGCCAUUAAACAUUUCAAUACUAUGGGUUGUAUUUUGGAUGGUAAACCCAAUCUAUUAGUCACUACAUUGUGAAUUUCUAGUUAUGUCCUCAUCCUCAUUUCAAGUCAUGUUUCAACAUUUGUGAAAUGUUGUUCGGCCUUAUGCAAUGGUCAUCUGAGCAUAACUCUGUGGGAUGCCCCAUUUUGAGUGCCUUGCCACGUAUAUCUACACAUAUGAAGCAUUUACUGUAGUGGUUGUUUACAUUAAUGUAAAUGUUUUUUGCAUUUCUUUUGCUGGUCACGAACUGAUGUUUUAAAGGGGAUGCAUUUUGUGUUCAGGUUAACUCUUGAUAGGAUGGACUGGCAUCUCUGUUGGUGCAGAGUAUUUUCUAAUACGUUCAACACCUUGGGUGAAUGUUAGGCAUUUUUUGUCACUGAAUGUAAACAAGGCACCCAAGUCCACUCAGGCAUAUAGCCAAACGUCAGACAUUUACUUUUAUUCCUUAUAAUAAUAGGUAAGCAAUGAUCCUUUAGUCUCAUCACAUUUUGUGUCUCUACAAAUGGUGACACUGCAACCUUGUUUCCAAGCGUACUUUUGAGUCUUUGGUGGGAGAACAGCUGCACAGAGUUGUCUAAAGCCUUGAGAAGUGAUUAUGUUGCUAUACAAGUUAAUGUGAAUUAUUUCUUUAAUUUAUUGUCAUUUUUAAAAUCAUCAGAGCUGGCAUUACAAGUGCACAACACACAAAACCUGCAUGGCUGGUCGUUUCACAUCCUCCCGCUUCGCUUGAGGUCUCGGGCACUCUGCGACCGAACCCAGGUAGUAGCCGUGAUGACAACAGGUCAUGGCCCGGUUUGGGACGAACCCACGACAGACUCAGUUGCCGUGAGGGAAUCCAGGGGGCUGUUCCAAGUAUAAGGUGUAGGGACAAAGAAUUCAUUUAUGCUGUUCUAUACCCUACAUGUGUACUCUACUUACUGACCAGGAGUUAACUUACCUAGGGGUGCGGCAAUGGGAAAUUGAAUUGCAACCAGCAAAGUUGCUAACUUAGUUAGCAACUAUGGUUUUGGGAAACGAAAACCUGGGUUAGUCAUUAGAACUCGUACAUAAAACACUCCCCUGGAUUUCUAAGUCUCAUUUUCAACCUCAGCUAUUUUAAUCUCAUGUAAUAGAUUAAGAAAUUAUGACUGACCUGCACAGAUUAAUCAGUUCACAAGCUUUCCUGGAUAACUCGGUUUCUUUUUCUGACAACAUUUUUGAUGACCCACAUCUUGGUGUUGUAUAGAAUAUACUUUUUUUUAAAGGAAAAAGAUAAAGUUAUGAUCUAAAAAAAAAUAGGUGUAUACUUGUAUAACACUGUUUGUAAUUUAUAUACAAUGAAAAAUAAAACUUAUUUGUUCUCUGUUGA